GUCAAAGUCAAUUUCACGUCAAUUUAAUUUGUGUUGUUUUUCAUUGAAUAAAUUGUUAGUUAUUUUUAAUUUAGGUACGAUUCCAAGCAAAUAAAUGGCUUUAUCAGGCUACAUUUAUUGUACUGAUUUAUCUUCACACGCUCAAUAAAAGCUAAAUGACAUGAAACCGCCAGUGGAACCCAAGGCAGAAGAUUGCUGUAACAGUGGCUGCAACCCGUGCAUAUUUGAUGUAUAUGAAAAACAACUUCAACUUUAUCAUAAAUCCUUAAGAGGUGAAGGCGAAAAGUUGCUAGAGGGAGAGAAUGGAAUUUCACAACUAAAUUACACUACUUUUGUUGUUACAGAAAAAAUAAUUAUAUGUGAUUCACAUGUCUUAAUCAAAUUUAAGAAUUUAGAAAGUCAUAAAAAAGUUACUUGGUCAGCUGGCGAUCAUUUCCUUAUUAAAUAUUAUGGUGAAACAAAAUCCUGCACUAAAGCAUACACACCCAUACAUUUUGACAAAGAUAAAGAUAGUGAUUUUAUUAUAUUGUUAAAAAGAUAUAGUAAUGGUCUUGUCUCCAACUUCCUAUAUGCUUUGGAAAUUGGAACCCCUACCCUAUGGAGAGGUCCUUAUGGUUCCUUUAAAUUAUUUCCUAAUAAAUAUAAAAGAAUGUUUAUGAUUGCACAAGGCACUGGAAUAGCUACAUUUAUAAAAAUCAUUGAAGAUGUUCUGAAAGAUGAGGACAAUUUAACAAAAAUCAUAUUAUUGUUUUGUUGUAAAAAUAUAAGUUGUAUUUUAUUAAGAGAAUAUUUGUAUUCUUGUAAUUCAUAUUGGAAUUUUGACUAUCAAAUCUUUCUUAGUACUUAUUCUGAUAGCGCAUGCUAUAAAUAUAAAGAACCAAUAGUUAAUCACAAAUUGAGUGCAGCAGAUUUUGAAACCUUUGUACCAUUUACUUCAUCAGAUCAAUUUCUUGCAUGUGGAUCUGCUGAAUUUAUGAAUCAUUUUAAAGAUUUACUUAGUGAUAAAAAUAUUCCAUCUGAAAAUAUAUGUUUAUUUUAGAUUAGACCAAAAAAAAUAAUUUAAUUGAAUUAUAAUAAUAUAUCAUAUUAAAUGUUAUGAAGUUAUUACAUUGA